AUGGAAAAUAAUAAUAAUGAACCUGCAGAAACAGUCCAAGAAAAAGGACCAAAACUAAAAAAUGACAUUGAUUUAAAUGACCAAUUUAAAGAUGAAAAAGAAAAAAAAGAGGAAAUAUCAAGUUCCUCAAUUGAAAAUAAAAAUAAUAAUAAUAAUAACACUUCCACCAAUAAUGUAAUACCAAAUGAAAGUAAUAAUAACAUUUCUAACAACAAUGUAAUAUCAAAUGAAAAUAAUAAUACCAAUAAUAAUACCGAUAAUAAUACCGAUAAUAAUAAUAAUAAUAAUAAUAAUAAUAAUAAUAAUAAUGAACCUGUAACAUCAUUUACUGUUAAUAAUAAAAGUUUAAUUGAAAAAGAACCAACAUUAUUUGAAUUUAAUCAAGAACAACAAAUUAAAUAUAAAAAUAAAAGUAUUAAUAGUUUAAUAAUAAAAAGAUCUGGUAUAGUAAUUAAAAUCAGUCAAAAGAAAUCAACUAUAAUAUAUCAAGAUUCAAUAAUUGCUUGUUCAGAAUUACCCGAUAAUUUUGAUACAGCAACGACAACAACCACCACAACAACAACACUACCAAUAAAAGUAACAUUAUUUACAUGUGUAUUAAAGAAAAAGCAAUUAACAAUUGAUAAAGAACAAAGAAAAAGAAAAUCUUAUACUUUUCAAUUUAAAAGCAAUCAAGAUUCUUUAAAUUUUUAUUCAAAUAUUCAAUCAACAUUUUUAAAUUCAUUACCAAGAGGUAAUCCAAAGAAUAGAAAGAUUAGAAUUUUAAUUAAUCCAAAAUCAGGUAAAAAGGAAAGUCAUAAUAUUUUUAAAGAGGUUGAACAAUUAUUUAAAGAUUCAGGUAUAAAAAUGAAAUUAACUGUUACUAUGGAACCAGAACAUGCGAAAAAGAUUGGAUUCAAAUCGAAUAUUUACAAGUAUGAUACCGUUGUAUUUAUAUCUGGUGAUGGUUUAUUACAUGAAUUUAUAAAUGGAUUAUUAUCACGUGAGGAUUAUGAAGAUGCUAAAAAGAUACCACUUGCAUUAAUACCAGCUGGUACUGGUAAUGGUUUAGCCAAUUCAAUUGGUUUACAAGAUCCAAUGUCUGCUGCUUUAGCUAUUUUACGUGGUUUCACUAAACCUUUAGAUGUUUGUAUUGUACAACAACCAACUGUAACAACAAUUCCUGUCGUUGAUAAUAAUACAGUAACAACAACAACUACUACUACUUCUCCAACUAGUGCUUCUCCAACUAUUACAUCAGCAAAUAAUAAUAAUAAUAAUAAUAAUAAUAAUAAUAAUAAUAAUAAUAAUAAUAAUAAUAAUAAUAAUAAUAAUAAUAAUAGUAAUAUUACAAAAUGGUGUUCAAUUUUAUCAUUAACAUGGGGACUAGUUUCAGAUGUUGAUAUUGAAUCAGAAAAGUAUAGAUCGUUAGGUGAUUUACGUUUAAUUAUAGGUGCAGCAGUACGUAUUUUAAAUCUACGUAUUUAUAGAGGAAAAGUUUAUUUUUUACCAGCUAUUCCUUUGGAUAAAUCUCAAAUGCAAUCAAUUCCAAAAUGUUCAUUCGAUUGUAAUAUUUGUGAUAGUUCAAAUUCUGUUAAAGUUAUUGAAGAUUUAGUUUGUAAUGAUAAUGAUAAUAAUAAUAAAAACAAAAAUGAAGAACAAAAUGAAAUAAAUUCAACUACAAGUAAUAAUAAUAAUAAUAAUAAUACUACAACUACAUCAACAUCAUCAUCAACAUCGACAUCGACAUCAACAUCAUCAUUAACAGCAACAACAACAACAGCAAAAUCAACAAAUUCAUUAUCGUCAUCACCAAGAAGUGAUAUUAAUAUGAGUUCAAAUUCAAUUUCAAAAUCAUUAGAUAUUGGUACAAUACCUUCAUGCAAAGUAACACACAAUUCAAAUCUUUUGAAUGAAUCAAGUGAUUCAUUACUUUCAAAAGGUUGGAAAUGUAUUGAAGGUGAAUUCAUUGGUGUUGUCGCAAGUACAGUUUCACAUUUAGCAUCAGAUUUUAUAUCAUCCCCAAAUGCUCAUUUAUCAGAUGGUUUAAUUGAUUUAAUUUUCAUUAAUAAUCGUUCGAAAUUAAGUAAAGCAAGUUUAUUAUCAAUUUUAACAGAUUCUGCAACUGGUGAUCAUUUAAAAUCUGAUCUAAUCGAACAUCAUAAAGUAAAAGCUCUCAUCUUGGAACCUUCAAUUCAAAAACAUGGUAUUGUUGCAAUUGAUGGUGAAAGAAUACCAUAUGCUAAAACUUCUAUGGAAAAUAUUAGAGGUUGUUUAAAUUUAAUUUGUAGAUCUUAUCAUUAA